UCCGAGCGCUGCAAAUUCACACGCACUCCCCAGUCUGAGAUUCCGCCCAUCGCAAUGACCGAAACCAAAAAGACCAAAGUGCUGCUAUAUGGACUCGGCGCUAUAGGAGGCUUCUAUGCAUUCCUUCUCAGCCGUGAUCCGAGCGUAGAGCUCAGUGUGGUUGCCAGAUCCAAUCUAGAGGCCGUCAAGAAGAAUGUAGGGCUGGUAAUCAAGAAGACUGAUACUGGUGUGCAGNUAUUGAGUUGCCCACAUAAGAUCGCAAUCAAAUACGACUACAUCGUUUGCGCUCACAAAGCGAUAGCCCCUGGCUUGGAUCCAAACGAUUUUCGAUCUGUAGCUAACAUGGACACGACAUUCGUAAUUUUGCAAAAUGGAGUUGGCAAUGAAGAGCCUUUCCGACAGUCGUUCCCUUAUUCAACAAUCAUUAGCUGUGUGAUAUGGGUUGGCGCUACCCAAGAUUCACCCGGUGUGAUACGACACACGGCUUCUGAACACACCGAUAUCGGUCUGUAUCCUAACCUAGAGGUCGACGCUACCUUGGAGAAAGACAGGUUGGAAGGGUUCGCAGCUAUGUUGAGAGCGGGCGAGACAUCAUACACAAUAUCAGACGAUAUUCAGGUCAAGCGGUGGGAAAAGGUGGUUUGGAAUGUGAGUAACACCGCGUACUCGAACGUAAAGUAUGCCGCUGACUUUCUAGNNAUUGCAUGGAAUCCUCUCACCACUUUGACACAACAAAACACACAACAAUGGCUUUCGUCCUCAAGGGAGAGCGUGUCAGUCACAAAACGCUUGAUGCGAGAAGUGAUCAGUGUGGCGAGAAGAGCCGGAGUCGCUUUGGACUACGGACUUGUAGACAUCUUGAUGGAGAGGAUACAAGGCAUGCCAGGAAUAGAGAGUAGCAUGCAGGUUGACGCGAGAGAGGGCAGGAGGUUAGAAGUGGAUGUAAUCCUCGGAACACCGAUGAGGAUGGCGAGAGAGUUUGGUAUGGAUGUGCCAACGCUGGCGACGGUCUAUGCAUUGACUGUCGCAGUGGAUUUGAGGAUCAAGCAGGGACUGGGUGGUUUGGGUUGA